UACAGUUACUUCAGUUUGAAUAAGGGAAGAUGGCGCGGCGGAGCUACCGUGCCACGUCCUAUUACAGGACAAAAACCAGAUUAAACCCCCUUAACACUGUCCUGUGUACUCUUGUUUCUUUUUUAAGUCUUCUUCCUUCAGCCGCUGAAGCUGGACUGUACACUGCAUCGGAUCAGAUCGUUAUUUUAUCACCGGAGAAUGUAAACACCGUGCUGUUUAACUCCACCGCGGCUGUGCUUGUGGAGUUUUACGCGACCUGGUGCGGACACUGUGCCGCGUUCUCACCCGUGUGGAAAAGCCUCGCCAGAGAUAUUAAAGAAUGGAAGCCAGCUGUUGAUCUAGCUGCUAUUGACUGUGCUUCGGAAAACAACAGAAGAGUGUGCACCAGUUUCGGAAUCACUGGAUAUCCCUCUCUGAAGUUCUUCCCUGCCUACUCAAGCAGUGAGUCCAUGGGGGAGGAUCUCGGAGGAUUCCCAAGGGAUGUGAGAGGCCUUCGUCACCACAUUAUCGAGAAAUUGGAGACCCACAACGAGGCCUGGCCGCCCGCUUGCCCGCCUUUAGAGACAGCUAGCAAGGCAGAGAUAGACAAUUUCUUUCAGACCAACAAUGUGAAGCACCUCGCUCUUGUGUUUGAAAGUCGUAACUCCUUUGUGGGGAGAGAGGUGACACUGGAUUUGUUACAGUAUGAAAACAUAGCUGUGCGCAGGGUUUUGAACACAGAGGAGAGUUUGGUGUCCUGGUUUGGUGUGACUGAUUUUCCUUCCUGUUACCUGUUUGAUUCGUCUGGAAGCAUCUCUAGACUCAAAGUACUAAAAGAAGCACGUACCUUCUACUCGUAUGCUCUCCAGAGGCUGCCAGGGGUAGUGCGGACGGGCAAGCCCCAGAUUCCCAUCAAUGAUCUCAUCAAGAACUCAACUCAAGUGGAGUGGAUGCCGUUUAACAAAACACGUGUGUAUAUGUCUGAUCUGGAGUCAGCAUUACACUACUCUUUACGUGUAGAACUGGCUGCUCACACCAGCAUUAGUGGAGAUGAUCUGACUGCACUCAAAAAGUACAUAACUGUACUGGCUAAGCAUUUCCCAGGUCGUCCAUCUGUAAAGAGCGCAUUAAAGACUGUGGACAUCUGGUUACGAGAACAGGAGGGAACAGAGAUCAAAUAUAGCGAUUUUAGAAAUAUGCUGGACAACACCGUGCAGACAAGCGAUGCAGUGUUGCCUGAGGGUGUACAGUGGGUGGGCUGCCAGGGAUCUCAAGCCAGAUACCGUGGAUACCCUUGUGCCAUGUGGACCCUCUUCCAUGUGCUCACUGUGGAGGCUAAAGAGACAGGUGGCUCAGAGCCUAAGGAAGUGUUGCAGGCAAUGAGAGGAUACGUCAGCAGUUUCUUCGGAUGCAGGACUUGUGCAACUCACUUUGAGAGUAUGGCCAAGGAGAGCUUGAAUCAUGUGGCCUCGCUGUCUGCCGCUGUCCUCUGGCUGUGGACUCGCCACAACCGGGUCAACAACCGACUGGCAGGAGACCUUAGCGAGGAUCCCCAUUUCCCUAAAAUUCAGUGGCCAUCUCCGGACUUGUGCCCUAGCUGCCAUGGUGUAAAAAGGACUGGUGAGCACACCUGGAACCAUGAUGUGGUGCUGGCAUUCCUCCAAAACUAUUUUUCCUCUGACCGUAUUUUGCACGACUACCUGCAAGAUGAGACCCAAGCCCUCAUCCAGCAGAGAAACCAACUCAUGGCUGCUCGGAUGGAGAAAGAAACCGGGCGUGGGAUGGAGAGGAGAGCCAGAGAGGUUCCCGAAAACCGCUCUGCCGCUCUAGCCGAAGAGCCCCAAGAGGAAGAGCAGGAAGAGGAGGAGGAGGAGGAGGAAGAACAGGCUGGUGAGCCGUACCCUACUGAGUUUGUGGGGAUGGUGGCAGCUGGAGAGAGCAAAGCAGUGACACAACUGCCGCAAUCCCAACACAAGCCGAAAAUUGUGGGCCUGAAACUACGAGAGGCCCAGGAAGACAUCAUAGACCUGGACUCCUUUGUCAACCAGCACUAUAAAGCUAAAGCCCUUCAAGCUGCGGCCAUGUCAGGCAUUGUGCGGCGGAGAAGUCUCCAAAAACAAGAUGAUGUGGAGGACAUCCAGUUUGAGAGAGGUUGGAGGGUGAAGCGAGACCUGGGAAGCCAGGAAGAGAACCUCGGUGGUGGACUAGGGAUAGAGCCGUACCCCAGACCCCAAAGCAAGCGUUGGAUGUCCCUACUCAGCGUAGGAUUCUCCAGACUGGAUGUGAGCCUAUGUGUCUUGCUGUAUCUUCUCUCUGCCAUGUGUCUACUAUCCAUGUAUCUAUAUUUUAAACUGAGGAUAAAGCUGCGACGGGCUAAAGUGUCCCUUCCUUGAGUGUCACAGAGCAUCGCUCCAGCUUACACUCUUACUUUUAUCAAGAAUGAUGAAAUCUCACAAUCUGUGGCUACUACAGGAAUUGGUAGCUUCCAAAGCAACAAGGUACAGAAAUUGAGAGCUUUUGAAGAGCUGUUUUUAUUUGGAUGGUAAUUAAGAGGGCACUGCGAAUACAAUCACCCUACACCUGACUUGAGUAUUAUGAAACCUGCACUCGUCCAUGAAGGACUGCUUGUGGUCUGAAAUUUUUUUAGCAACUCAUCAGUGCCUAAGUUCUUAAAUCUGUCUGUAUUUUUCUUAGAAACAACUGAUGAAGGAAUAUUACAAUCAUAAUUGAUGUUUUGAUUUGUUGAUCAUACAGAAAUUUAUUUUAAUAUGACCACUUAUCAAAUAUUUGUUUUUAAUGAAAUGCAGCUUAGUGUUUUUAAAACCCUCAACAGUUUUGUUUUUAAGUCCACAUGUUCUUAAGUCAAGUUUUGUCAUUAUACCACUGCCUGUUCAUUCCUUGUGCCUUUCCUGAAUAAAUAACUGAUUUAUUUUUUUAUUUUUUUAUCUUCACAAAAAUAUUUUGAUGAAUUGAGUUUUUUAGAAUUGAGAAUAUGUGUUGUUGGGCAGGAACUGAAAUAAUCACAACCAGAGACAAGAACUAAACUAUUUCUUUCUAAAAUGGUGUGCUUUGCUGGUAAAAUGCAAUUAAAAUUAUUUUUGCUAAAAACAUA